CUGCUGGGGAAGGGCAUCACCUUCGACAGCGGUGGCCUGGACAUCAAGAACGCGGCGGGCAUGUCAACUAUGAAGGGCGACAUGGCGGGAGGCGCUUCGGUUAUUGCGGCUAUGCAGGCUAUUGCGCGACUGAAGCCAAAGAUCAAUGUUACGGUCAUAGUUCCGGCGACGGAGAACAUGCCGAGCGGUACUGCGCAGCGUCCGGGCGACGUGGUGCGGGCGAUGAACGGCAAGACUAUCGAGAUUGACAAUACGGACGCCGAAGGCAGGCUGGUGCUGGCGGACGCAAUGUCUUACGCGCGGUCGGUUGGGUUGAACCGGCUGGUGGAUGUUGCCACGCUGACGGGGGCGAUGUCGGUAGCGCUGGGUGACCAGUGCAUGGGCGCCUUCGGCAACGACGAUGAGUUCACGCAGCAGGUGGUUAGCGCGGCCAAUUCGGUGGGGGAUAGGGCAUGGCCUCUGCCGAUGUUCGAUGAGUACAAGUCGCAGUACAGCAGCGAUAUCGCGGACAUCAAGAACACGGGCGGUCGCGGCGCAGGGUCUAUCACGGGCGCGCUGAUAAUCGGCGAGUUCAAUGACGGGGCGCCGUGGGUGCACCUGGACAUCGCUGGAAUGGCGCGGGCGCGUGGCAGCAGUGGCGCGACUGUGAAGGGCGCGACAGGCGUGCCGGUGAGGACACUGGUGCAGCUGGUGUGUGAUCUGGCGGGUUAG